AUGUUCUAGUCUAUCUAACUCAUUACCUUAGCCUCAAUAUUGACAAUAAUCUAGACGCUUUCAAAUCAGCUUAGUUUUAAAAAUUUGCUUGCUCAAUCUAGAGCAUUGCAAGUUGAUCCAGAUGAAGGAUGGACUGAGAUUAAAUAUGAAUAUGAAAUUUAAAAGGACUGGAAUGUGAGUUUAAAUAAAAGAUAUUCCUAUGAUGGCGACUCAGACACACACUACUUUAUUGUCUAUAAAAAAGAUAAUCCACAUAAUAUCAAGUCAACUACUAAACCGAGAACAGAGAUGGCUAUAAGGCAUUACUGGACUACAAAUGGGAGUCAUUAGUUUGAGGGUGAGGUAUAUGUACCUCUUGGAACUUCUGGGGUAAGUCUAUUGUAGAUCUUCGGAGGAAAUAUGUCAGCAACUAAACCUCAAGCUACAUCAUUUAUGCUGUAAAUAGACAACGGCAAUCUAACUUCUUAAUCAAACAAGGUUUUGUAGCAAGAUAGCUAUGAUAGGUGGAUAAAGGUGAACAUUAUUCAUCAUGCUUCAACACGCAAGAUUCUACUGUUCCUGGAUGGUAUUAACGUAUAUAAAACCACUGAUUCGGGCUAAGACCAGCACUUAUUUAUGUGUGGUGCUAACACUUAAAAGAACGCAUCGAAUUUGAUGAUUGUUAAAUGGAGGAACAUCAAAAUAUUUACUAAGUGA